AUGCAGGACUUCAGCCAGUCGCUUAAACGCCACGGCCUGACCCCCACCCAGUACAACGCCUUGCGCAUCCUGCGCGGCGCUUACCCCCAGGCUUUGCCUUGUGGCGAAGUUGGGCAGCGCAUGGUUACCCCGGUACCGGAUGUCACUCGCCUGCUCGACCGCCUGGCGGCCCGCUAUCUGUUGCACCGCAGCCGCGAUCACCGAGACCGGCGGAUCGUCCGCGUGCAGAUUACCGAGCUCGGUCUAGGGCUGCUGGCCGAGCUCGACCAACCGGUGGACGACAAGCUCAGCCAACUGCUCGGCAACCUCCAAGACGGGCAGCUCGAACAGCUGAUCCAGCUGCUCGAGACCUCUCGGUAG